AAAAAAAAAACAAAUACAAAAGUGCAGAUACGCCCCAGCGUUUAAAUAUUUCAAUAAUAACAAAAACACUAACAAAGCGCAUACUAUAAACACAAGUUGCAGCGCGCAAGCAGCUGAGCAGAGUCAAAAGCGAGGAUAAAUGAAAAAUAAAUACUCAAAAAGUUACAUAUAGGCAUAUAGAAGACCACAUUUUGUGGAAAAGCGGCAAAGUGUAACAAAGAAAAUGCUCAUGAACACAUACAUACAGACUUAUAUGCAUAUAAACAAAAACGUGUAGAAAAUAAGCUAUAUAUUAAAGGCGUUAAAAAGCUUGGAUAAUGUAUUUAUUCAUAUAAUAACAAUAUUACAAUUUACUACGCAGCAAAAAGCACUGAUUUCAAUUAAAACAAAAAAAUCAAAAAUAAAAGAAAUUGUAGGUGAAACGUAAAACAAUUGCAUUACCCGCUAAAUAUCCAACUCAAGUAAGCGUGAUUAUAAAAAGUAGCAAGUAAAAACAAAUUUUUUGAAAAUAUUUCAUUACAAAUUUUUAGCCACAAAAGUGACACUCUCGUUAAAAACGCGCGCUUUUUUUAGCUUUGCUUUGCAAACUUAUAUACUUUCAAAACAUGUGUUUAUAUAUAUUUAAAAAUAGAGAAUAAUAAAAAUACAAAAUUAAGUAGUUUAGCGUUACCUGAAUUGUUGAAAAUUCUGCUUCUCCGGUAGCACAUAUAAUGUAAAUUUGUUAAAAAUAAAAAUAAAAAGCAAUUUGCUCAAGUGCAUUGCAUAGUUACUGCAGCGCAUAACAAAAACAAAAAAACAUACGAAUACAUAGCCAAAGCGUAUAAAACAAAAACAUCAUUGAAAUAAAACAAAACACACACACGAAAAGUGUCAUUCCAUUCGAUAACGUCAACAAAACAAAGUGUAAAAUAAUAUCAAGAAAUUAUCAAAUAAAUAAUAUCAAUAGCAAGCAAAAAUUCAUAGCCAAACGCGCUCUCGCACUCACGCCGAGUGCUAGCAGCGCAACCAAGAGCUGAGCGAACAUUCUAUAACGAAACUGUCAUACGUUCGGUGCUCGCAAUACGCUCGCCGCUCAACCACCCUUGAAGGCGAAUAACGACGACGACUACUAUUGCUACUGAGAAUACUCAUCAUCAUCAGAGCACACGACAGUUGUACCGCGCGUUUUGUCGUUGCCGUUGUGGUCGUAGUCGUCUUCGCCAACGUUAUCGACGGAGAGCAGAGAGAAUAGUGUUGUUGUAGCAGCCCACCACCCAUCAAACAACCGACAAGCCGACAAGCUAACCAGCCAGACAAGUAACUAACAGCGCGAGCGAACAAACGUGCAGAGUUAAUGUGUGACAGCGAGCCAGGCAACCGCCAGCAGUCAGCAGUUAGCACAGCAGUCUGCGAAGAUAAAGCUUAAAACAGUGCCGAAAUCCAAAAGGAAGAAAUUCUUAAAUUAAUAUUGAACUUUGCUGAACCGCGACAAUUGACCAUCAAUAAUCGCGGUGGUCGCAAGUUCUCGAGCGUACUUACAAUAAGAAUUAAAAUAAAAUUAAAUAAAAAAAAAUUAAAAAAGAAGUUAAAAAAUAUAAAAUAUAACAAUACGCACAUCAAAAACAAAAACAACAAAAGUAUUCGCCUAUAAUCGUACGUGGUAGAGAAAAAAGUGAAAGUCAAAGUAGAAGGAAAAAAGGGACAAAAAAACGUGUAGGGAGUUGACAAAAUAAAGGUAGCAAACCAAAAACUCUUUUACUCGUGAUGUAGUGGCAAGCAGAAAGCAAGCAAGCGAAUAAACAAAAGAAAUAACUUCUGAAGUGCAACCACGGCUACGAAGUGUAAUAAAACACUUAAAAGUGACUAUAAAACAUAAAAGAAAAAAGGAUAAGUGAAGUUAUUGUAUUGAAGCAAAAAAUACUUGGAACACCUAACAACUACCUAACUUCGUUAGAAUACGCCACUUAACCUCUAACUCUAUAGCAAUAAGAAAAACUAGUAUUAAAAAUUAAAAAUAUGGGUGAUACAAAUGCGCUGGGUUCCGGUACGCGUCUACGUAAAUUCGAUCGUACAGACAGUGAAGUUGCAUGUGAGGAAGCCGCGCGCCUUACCGCCGAUCUGCAGGAAGGCACCGUCAGUCCAGACGAUGAGGAUGAUCUCAGCGAAUACGGCGAGCUGCCACCACCGCCAGAUGGCGGUUACGGUUGGGUCAUCUGCUUUGCGUCAUUUAUGUGCAACAUGAUUGUGGACGGUAUCGCGUACACGUUCGGUAUAUUCCUUGGUGAAUUCGUCGAUUACUUUGGUGAAGGCAAAGGCAAGGUGGCCUGGGUAGGCAGUUUACUGAGUGGUGUUUAUCUGAGCGCAGGUCCAAUUGUGUCCGCGUUAGCGAAUAAAUAUGGUUGCCGUGCAGUAUGCAUUGCCGGUAGCGUUGUGGGUUGUAUUGCAUUCGUACUGAGCACGAUGAGCACCUCCAUUAACAUGCUGAUGCUAACAUAUGGUGUGAUCGGAGGUUUCGGCUUCGGUAUGAUUUACCUGCCUGCAGUUGUGGCUGUCGGCUAUUAUUUUGAAACCAAACGCUCACUGGCCACGGGUAUUGCUGUAUGUGGCUCUGGUUUCGGCACGUUCGCCUUCGCGCCAUUAGCUACGUAUUUGUUGCAGUUGUAUGGUUGGAAGAAUGCACUACUCAUCUUCGCGGGUCUAAUUUUGAAUUGCGCUAUAUUUGGCGCUAUGAUGCGUCCACUCACCUACCCCAAAAAGAAGAAGGUUAAACCGCUCAUGCAACGUAUGUACGAGGAAAAGCAAUUGCAAUUGGAACGUGGUUCAAUUGCUGGCUCACAUUUCAUGGUACAGCUGCCCGACGGCACCAUGGAGCGUAAGCUGAAAAUGCCACUCAAUGCCGAUCCCGGUGUACACUCUAGUCUCAAUUUGGAAUUGCUCGCCCAACAGGGUUCAUUACAUCCCGUCUCAACUUUACCAACUAUAACCGAAGCAAAAGUGGUCGAAUAUCAAACUGGCGCACAAAGUCCACCAACUGUCGAUAGCAAUGGACAAUUGGAUGUGAAGCGUAGCGGUAGGCGUUCACAUCGUAAUUCGGAAACCGAGACCAGCCCUUACAACUCUGCGGAUGCAAUGACACGCAAUGCUUCACAGCCCGCCUUUAUGGCAGACCAUCAAAGUCUUCCAAAGAAUGGUUCGGUGCCUUCGUUCAAUCGUGUACGCAAGACGUCAGCCAGCGAACGUUUCCAGCCAUCCUUAGCCGCCAUACGUGCAUCAUCGCGCGGCGAUCUCGACAGCAAUGGUGUUGAAAUGGGAUUUACCUCAUCGAAAAUAUCGCUCUCACAGAGUCAGUCCAGUGGCAAAAUGGUACGUCCAAUGUCACGUAAAGAUAUCUUCUACUCCGGAUCUGUGACAAAUCUGCCACAAUACCAGUCGCAAAAAUCGCUCACGAAUUACCGCAACUCCGUGCUAUCGUUAACCAAAUAUGAAAAGAGCAUGCAAAGUGUACGUGUACAUGAUCCCUUGGCUGAAGCAGAAAAAGGACGUGGGCAAUACGAUCUUUGUCCCUGUCUCACCAUACCAGACUCCAUUAAAUCCGUAUUCAAUACAAUGUUGGACGUCAGCUUAUUGAAAGAUCCAGUUUUUAUGCUUAUCGGCGUCUCCAAUAUAUUCGGUAUGGCCGGUUUGUACGUGCCAUUCGUGUAUCUCGUGGAUGCGGCUAAAAAGGACGGAAUCGAAGAUAAUUCAGCAUCAUUUCUACUCUCAAUUAUCGGCAUAACAAACACCUUUGGCAGGGUAAUUUGCGGUUAUGUGGCCGAUUUUCCCAAAGUCGACUCACUAUUUCUCAACAACAUUUGCCUACUCAUUUCCACGGUGGCCGUUACAUUAACACCGCUUUGCUCUUCCUACGGUGCCUACGUGACCAUGUCCAUUUUCUUUGGUAUCGCCAUCUCCGGUUACAUUUCACUCACGUCAAUUAUACUCGUAGAUCUAUUGGGACUGGACAAGCUCACCAACGCCUUCGGCUUGCUCAUUUUAUUCAGAGGUUUUGCCGCCAUCAUUGGAUCGCCACUAGCAGGCGCUGUUUACGAUGCAACCCAAAGUUACGAUCUGCCAUUCUAUAUGGCGGGCGGUUUAUUUGCGCUAUCCACGAUCACCAGCUUUAUGGCGCCAUGCCUGAAACGUUGCACCACCUCCGAUGAAACACCAAUGCAGAUUGAUACGCUCACACCAAUCGAUGAGGAGCAAGGUGAAGAGGCGGAAGAUGAAGAGGACCAGCCCAUAACAAUUGUUCCGAAAAUUGUGAAAACUCUACCCAGUCCACAACAUGAAGAGGUGGACAGAGGAUUUCCAAGUGAAACCAAUAAAAGUGGCGCCGAAUCCAAGUUAUAAAGUGGUAAAAAAUUCAACCAAACGCUAGCUGGGCGUUAGAAUAUUUUGUUGAAAUUUUGUUUGCGGUAAUAGGUUACACGAAAAUGCCAUAUAAAGUGAAGAAUGAAAGUGUUACAGGAGGUUACACACACACACAAUUGCGUAUUUGUGCGCUGUCAAGACUACAAAAAACCAGAGCGAUAUUUUUUUUAAUAACUAACCAUUAUUAAGCUUAAAAA